CGACACGGAGUCCGAGCUGCCCAUGGCGUUCCCUCUGCCUCGAGGCGUCACACCUUCGGAAAUCACCUUCCUAUGUGAAAUGGAAAUGGUGACCAUUGUUCCGAGGCAGCGUCUCGAAGGACUUGAAUUGCUUGGUGGACCAACGGAGCCUCUGAUUCCGCCCCGCCGCAGCUCCCUACCGCUCUGGCUUGCCCUUCUCCUUAAGCGACAGCGCCGUGCAAACAUUCUCCCACCUCCAUGGUUAAAUACUGAAUGGCUUUCCGAGUUCCUCAAAGCAGAAACCGACCACGACGUGUUUUUACCACCCCCUCCACUCGAUUGCGCUUCGUAUACGGGAAGUGUCGCCCGGCGAGAUGCCCGUAGGAGCGGACACUCGGGCCCCAGACGUACACUAGAUGGCCAAAGGUACAUCCCCUCAGCACCGUUUUUGCUUCAGAAUGUAGUGGACGACGAGUCCACGGCCCCGAGGAAUCCUUGGCUACCGUACCAUUGGCUCGAGCUAGCGACAAUGUUGCUCGAAACGGCGAGUGAUGACCUGGUAGAACCGGAUCAAAUACGCCGCAUAAUACGGGACAUUAGGGAAAUACGAAUGGCGAAAAUGAGAAAAUUCACGGAAUACGUGGAUGCCACUGCUAUCGGUGGUGGAGAAGGGUUACCUUUGACCGGUGUGGGAGCGAUGGAGAUAGGUGAAGCAAGAGGCUUUAUGUCGGGUGCCGCUGAAACAUUGCGACAAAUUGGCGCCUCAAAAGAGGAAGCGUUGAGAGAGCAGGCAGAAGCAGGUGACGAUUUGCGCAAUGACUAUGACGAAGAUGAUGAAAUGGAAUUAUGAGGCCUCAUGGUCGUUCCGCUUUAUUUACGAGACACAAUACGACAUCAAGGGACAGAAGGUGGAUGCGAUUGCGUCCACCAACAGCAUUUCUCAAGAUCACCCGUUAGGUAUUGCGACCUUAUCGGAAGAAAUUUCUCGCCUCGGGGGAAUACAGCCACCCAUUCAAUUGAAGUCCGGCUGGCGAUCGAUUAAAGCUGGGACAGUAGAUAGGCACUGCUACUUAGAGACCCAGCUUGAAGACUUGAUAAACUCUUCGGCACUGGAGCUUACGCGCAAUCCCAGAGAACCUUCUCUCUUUCACUCUAUAUUUACAAGGUGGACUACAGCUAUAGCUUAUGCUUUUAGGAUCGAAAAGCGUCACAGGGAAGAUCCGGAGCAAAAACAAAACAUUCUCAAAGGUGGUACGGCUAUAUACGCGCGACAACCAAAAAUCUAAGCGAAUCUUUGAGUAUUCCUAAACCCGGAAGAUCGAGUAUUUCUGAUAUUGUCAGGUUUGAGCGAUACAAACCAGGAUGGAAAAGGGCGAGCUUGAAAGGUAUUGGGGAGUCGAGAAAGGAAUCCUGUUUUGAGUUAAUGUUGGUAGAUAGCGAAAGCCUCGUUUUCAGAAGAUUUGAUAUCUCGUGGUAGCUGUUCGGCAGACAUAACCAGGAUCAGCUAUCAUGCAGGGCCGUGAGUCACUGGCUGGGGACAUGCAUACCCAAUCCCUGAUCUCUAUAGUUCGAAGACACAAAGAAACAUCAAAAAAAACUAUGUCAAUAAUGUGAAAUCUGAUGAUGGCUCGAAACCAUACGGGGGCCAACAAAAUAUUCUUCAUGUAGAAAAUUGUGAGAAGUCGAGCCCUUUCUUCGUCAGGCGGGACUGCGAGCGUAUAAGUCCUACAGAGAGCCCGAGGCAAGAGACAAACUCCCUUUUCAAUUGGCGAAUACUCUUUGUUAUAAUUGAGCGGCUACGCGAUCUUUCUCCAACAUCUUCCUUCUUGCCGCUAGAAUCAUGUCAUCCCUGCGUUUCUGUAAAAGCCGUUGCCGCUCCAUUUUGUUUUGUGACCAAGUACUUUCCGAUCGCAUGAUGGUGUCAGAGCCGGUAUCCACACCGGUCGUACUCCCGGAGA